UUAAUUUGGCGGACGCUAGAACUUUAGAAGGUCUUUCCAUCAUAAAAAAACCCCUUGAAAUUCCUCCUUUCAGACCUUCUUUAGUUUAAUCAAAGAAUUAUGUCGUUAUUCAAAGAUUGAUUAGUGAAGCAUUGUUUAUGUAGGCUACCAUCAUGUUUCAGAUUGGCGAGGAAGAUUUCUCAUUUGGAGAUGACGAGGAUUUUUGGUCAGAAGCCCUAGAAGUUGAAGCUGCAACCACUGCAAGCAACUCCGGCAAAUCGGUUGCCAGUUCCGUGACCCAUGGUGGAAGCCUUGCCGCUGAGAAUCACAACCAGCAGAACCAAACAAGAAGCUCUGCCACGGAGAAAGCCCUGUUGCCAAGAAGCAAGGGUCUCUCAACACAGACACCUGGACAGCAUCUGGCAGGCCUCAGAAAUGCACCAAAUGGCCUUGGGGCUGCCACGACGCUGCAAGUUUCCAGCAAAGGCCUUCCAACAACCCCCGGGAACCAGGCCAAGAGGAAGUUCUCUUUCAAGCAGAAAUCUCCAAGAGGCAAUCCCACUGCACCGUCCGUUGAUGCUGCUGUAGGGGCAAACAAAAGGGCAAAGUAUGAUGAGCAAAGACCAACACCUUUCAACAACACCCAUAAAAUCUCAAAUGAUAAAUCUGGACCGUUGCAAGACCUGAGCAAGAUUGUUCAAAAGCAACCAAGCGUAACUACAGGAAAUCUCCAGCCACCAGCAAACCAGAUUUCAGGAGCUCCAAAGCUCAGGCAGCCCCUAAUCAACUCAAGCAGUUCAACAGUACGGAAGGAUCAACAGAGUGACAACCAGGGAAUAAACCAACAGUUUCUUCAACAGAGAACAAAUAAAACCUUGCUCGACAAGACCAGAGAAUCUCAGACCCAAAAUGGUCCAGUAACUGGAAGGGAUCCGACACUUCAUGCAAGAGCAAACCAAAAUUUCAGGCUUCCAGGACAGCAGCCUGACAUUGCCACAAGCAAACCUGCAACCGAACAUCCAUUCGAGUUCGGAGACAAUUUUGAUGAGGAAAUGGACCUGUCAGAGGACUAUUUUAAUUGGGAUCCAGUAAUUGAGCCAUUGAGUACCACAAGCGCAGUUUUGAGUGAACCCAAGUCAGCUUUCAUAGCUAGUAAUCAUUCAAAACCUUGCCAAGAGAAGAGAGCAUCUCACAGUGUUCAGAACAUCUGCCACAUUUCCAAGCCCAUUUCAAUGCCUUCACCACCUCUGGGCUCUACGCCUGGAUAUUCCAACCCAAGCCUCACCAUGCAAAGUGGCACGUCAAACACACAGGUUAACUCGAAUCAACUAAGACCCAUCUCAACACAGGGAGGCUCUCUGCGAUCCGUAGUUCCACCAAACAAUUCAUCAUCUGGUGCUCCACAAUCUGCACAACUAAACAACUCCCUCAGUUCAACCAGAUUCAACUCUCCACUCGCCACACAAAACCCUCGUCCCAAUUUCCCUCAGACACGAACUCAGCAGUUGCAGGGCAACCCUCCAAGGAUGAACUUUCAACCUCGCACCCCAUCACCCAGCUUCCCUGCCCCUCGACCCGCUACCCAGUACCCAUUGAGAACAAACACCCCCAUGAGGGCUGGUACACCCGGGUACACUUCCCCUUCACCACGUUUCCAGGGUAGGGGAGUCACACAAGGCGUAACAUCCGCUCCGCAGACCCCAAACAUCCGAACGCCCAACACCAACAUUUCAACUCCUCGUCAGUUCGCAACACCCGCCCAAUGUUUCCAAAACUCUUGUACCAAUCGAGGCAGCACGACCCAGGGGGACAGACCCUUUACCACACAUGGUGCCAAACCCCAGAGCAGAGGGACACCCACCCCUCAGACCCCACUCCUAACAUCAAGGGUCGCCCAGUUGUUUCAAACGCCUACUACUAGCAGCUCUGGCCCCACCCGGACAAGAGUGAGGAAGUUUCCAGGACCAGCGGGAGUGUUACCAAAACUGGCACAAGGUCAGAAGCUCAACGACAUCAAGUUACCAUCUCCAGAAAAUGAUCCAGAUAAGCCAAGCACAAGUUCUAAUAAACAGGGGGAGUUGGACAGUUCCCAAGAUGUCGGCGAGACCGAUUUCUCUCACGGUGCUUGGCAGACCAUGAAGACCGACCUGGGCCUGGACGAGGGCGACCCUCGCUCCAUGCUGGCGAGGAACAACAUUGCGCUGGUUCUCAGAAAGGCAAGCCUGAAGCAGCUGACCAAGAACAAAGUGCCCCACCUCUGCGUGAUGAUCAAGGCCGUGGCCUUCGACGCCGACGCCAGCGUGGUCCUGAGGGACCCGUCGGGCGAGAUGCAGGGAACCGUGCACAGGCGUGUGGUUGAGGAGCACCAGUCGGAACUCAAGCCUGGCAGCGUCUUGGUCCUCAGACAGGUUGGUGUUUUGAGUCCCUCGCUACGCAACCACUACCUCAACAUCACCCCAAGCAACCUGAUCCAGAUCUACCCAAGCGAAGCCAUGGGCCUCUCCCAGUCUAGCCAGAGGACUCCCAAAUCACGGUCCCGGCAUCCGUCAACCAGUAAGGAGGGGUUGUCUGCAGAAACCGAGCAAAACACCCCAAAGAGGUCGGAAACCUCGGAGACAAAGAGCAGGCGCCACUCGGGAGGAGUUAAAAACGGCACCCUGGUAGAGGCAUCUCCAGACGAUACCUUCUGCAAGCUGAGGAGGUUUUCCAGUGGAAGCAGACUUGUCGAGGAAGGCAAGCAUGCUGAGGUGAACCAUCGAGCAUCCAGCAGCUCUGACCUCAGGCUUGAUGAGGAGACUACACUUUCCAAUGGAAACCACAGCAUUUCAAGCAGACUGGAGGCCGAGUCUACACAUUUCAGUGUCAGUCAUGGAAUAAAUGAGCCAAAAAGCCCUUUUGCCAAAUCAUGCACUGUUGCCGCCGCUGAUACUCGCAGCACCACAGUCAGAGAAUGCAACUCAAUGUCAUCCUUUUCAAAUGUCCAAAAGAGUGAAGACUUCACGGAGCUUCUGGCAGACAUAGGUGAUGACUUCUUUGAGGACUUCUGAACCCUUCCCUAUCAAGAGAUGUAUUCAGUCACUCAUAAAAAUCCCACAAGUCGAUCACAUGUCAAUCACAUGUCGAUCACAUGCCAAUCACAUGUCGAUCGCAUGCCAAUCACAUGGCAAUCGCAAGUCUAUCACAUGUCAAUGACAUGUCCAUCACAUUCCAAUCACAAGUCCAUCACAUGUCAAUCACAAGUCAGUCAGUCUGAAGUCAAGUGACAAAUGUUACUCCCUUGAGCUGCAAAAAAAAGCAUCCCCUUCUAUCAUUAACCUUCUCCUGUUACUUAUGACCAUACUUGAAAUUUGACGUUUGAUUGAUUUCUGAUGGACUUUAGUUCUCAAAUUAGGUUUUAUUUUUUUGCAAAAUUCUGCAAAAAAAAUAUUCAGUGUGCAUAAAUGCCAAUUAUGUUAUUACAUAUGUAUUAUUUGAUGUCUUUUAUUUUUCCAGUUUAUAAGUGGUUUAUUUGAAAUAUGAAUUCAUAUUAAAACAGUAGUAUGUAGGUAGUGAAAUAUUAAACUACGCAACACAAGACUCCGGCCAUGAAAAAGAAUUCUUGGAAAAUACUUAUUUCUUAAUAUAUGUCCAACUAUUGAAUAAAUCAGGCAUUGCUGAACAUCACAGUGGAUGAUUUACACAGCUUGCAA